GGCCCGGCCGGCGCUGACCCGGCGGCCGCUCGGAACCGGGUCGCGGCGGGGCACGGGCUGCGGCCGCGCGUUCGCCUCGCUGCGCGUCCCGGGCCCACCUGCGCCCAGGUGUGCGUCGCCCGCGCAGGCCAUGCCGCGGCAGGAGCGCUCCACGUCCUACCAGGAGCUGAGUGAGGACUUGGAGCAGGUGGUGGAGAACUUGGAGCAGGACCAGGCGCCCACAGUCAGAGCCCCUGGUCCUGGCGUCUUCCCAGCCCUGGCCAGCGAGCCCCCCGGCCAUGGCCGCCGCGUGAGCAAGGCCUGUCUCAAGAAUGUGGCGUCUGUGCUGCUGAUCCUCAUCUACCUGCUUCUCAUGGCUGUGGCCGUCUUCCUGGUCUACCAAACCAUCACCGACUUCCGCGAGAAGCUCAAGCACCCUGUCAUGUCCGUGUCCUACCAGGAGGUGCAGCAGUACAAGGCCCCAGGCAUCGCGCUGUACCCUGGGCAGGCACAACUGCUGAGCUGUCAGCACCACUACGAGACCAUCCCCCGUCUGCGGAGUCCAGGAGAACACGGGCUUAUGGAGUGUGACACGCGCACAGUCAACUACACGGACCCUUUCUCCAACCAGACCCUGAAGUCGGCCCUGGUGGUGCGGGGGCCCCGAGAGGUGAAGAAGCGCGAGCUGGUCUUCCUGCAGCUGCGUCUCAACGGCAGCAGUGAGGACUUCAGCGCCAUCAGCUACCUGCUCUUCUCCUCCUUCCAGGACUUUCUGCAGAGCCCCGACAGGGCGGGCUUUAUGCAGGCCUGCGAGAGCGCCUACUCCAGCUGGCGCUUCUCGGGCGGCUUCCGCACCUGGGUUAAGAUGUCGCUGGUGAAGACGCAGGAGGAGGACGGACGGGAGGCUGUGGAAUUCCGGCAGGAGACCAGUGUGGUUAACUAUAUUGACCGGCGGCCAGAGGCAGAGAAGCACACACAGCUGUUCUUCGUGGUAUUUGAGUGGAAGGACCCUUUCAUCCAGCAGGUCCAGGACAUCGUCACAGCCAACCCCUGGAACACCAUCGCGCUCCUCUGUGGGGCCUUCCUGGCGCUCUUCAAGGCUGCAGAGUUCGCCAAGCUCAGUGUCAAGUGGAUGAUCAAGGUCCGGAGACGCUACCUGAGAAAGCGGCUGGACAGCAAACCACACAAACUCAGGUCACCCGGGGGUGUCCCCUAUGCGCCCCACCUGCCCUGGCUCCCUGAGCCACUGGCCACGCCAUACUCCCGUGAGGAAGCUGGGCUUCCGGGACGAUCAGCUGUUUCAUCUGAAGGCAGCGUAGACAUCAUCUGAGUGGUCAAGUCAGAGUUUGUGCAGACAUGCAUAAGGGUUGUGGAUGAUGGGUGGGAGAGUGAGUUUCCCGAAUUUGUGGCCUGACUUUUCUUUGUAGCCAGGCUUUGCUUGUGCUAUUCACCGUGGAGUCUCAAAGUGGACAGAAGGAAGUGGACCCAGAGCUGCCCCACACGGCCAUCUUCACCUGCACACCUCUGGCCAGCACUCUUGGUUUAAGCACUUAGGACAGGGUGGAGGCGUCCUGCAAGUCUUGCCUGUGGGCAGGCCGAUGCCUGACUUGCGUGGCAUGUUGUAAACACUGAGCUAAAACAGAGGGACAAGCUGGCGGGGCCUGGCCUGUC